CGGCGCUUCCUCACUCCGUUCCAUUUCUUUUAGCAUCCUCAUCGCAGCUUUCUUCUUUCUUUCCUUCAUCGAAAAAAAUUCAUUCAUCUAUUCCAAAUCUCACUUCACUCCUGGCUACGAUUCAUCUUUCACUCCUCGCCGCUCGCUCUCACUGGGAACCAUCUCAACCAAGUUCCAUCGCGAUUACAGAGUAAAUUCCAUCGCAGGGUUGUUCGGUUCCCAUCAUCGCUGAAAGGUCUUCAUUUUUUCUGCUCAUCAAGACCUCAUCUUCUUCUACUUCUCCCAUCGGAAUCUGUUCGAGUUGAAAAACACAGAAUCAACUUCUCCAUUUCGAUUUUAAAAAACAGGAACCUUUUUUUGGACAUUGGAGGUCAGCCCAUGGACUACUUGGUUCCACUGAGACUUCAUAUUUCUCUCUAAUGUUUGAAAGAUGAUAGUAUCCUUUUGGAACUCAAAUGCGAGGGGAAGAAAUUAAGGAAAAUAUAGAGAAAAUUAAGAAGCAGAAGAAAGGCGCUGGGUGGAGAGAUGAAUUAGCUGCUUAGAACCCCCAACAGAUGAAUUUUAACUGUAAUGAGGUAGCAGCACACAUCAGAAACCUCAAAUGUACUCGUGGUAUUUAAAGAAUUUGCUAUUGGACACAUUUUGAUGUUCAGGGAGGAAGAUGCAUUCUUAACUAUCGGUGCUAUUGGGAUCGGAAGACUAAAUUUACACCCAUAUCAUUGGAACAAGAUGCUCAGGGAGUUGUACCGAGUGAAACUUAUCAGCCGUUCAGAUUCCAAAGCAAGGAGCUACGAUGAACAGAUCAAUUGGUUCAAACCUGAAACUUACCUACCCCGGCCACCGCCACUCUUCAAACUUUUACUAGCCCCUUUCUGUGGUCAUGUUUAUUCAUGUUGGCUUUUUGUUCCUAUUAUGAGUGUCGUGACUCUAAGGCCCUCUGGAAUAACAAUGCUUCAAGGAAUUCUAUCUAUAAGAGUGAGCACGUGUUUUGUCAAGUGCCUUUGUACCAUAUCUUUUGGGGAUAUUUUAGUGAAACUUUUAUAUUUCUUGAAAUUAAUCUUAAUACAAAAUAUUGUUGUUACUAUAUUAUAGCUUGGUA